UUCAGUGACUUCACUAAACUGUUUGCAUACCAAUCUCCUCUCUACGCUGCGUGCUUGUCCAAAUUGCGAUCGCAGAUCUCGGAGCGGUGGAUUUUAUUACACUGCUGGGCACAAUUCACCUCCGUGGACGUCCCAGCUACUCGGCAUUUAUUUAUUUUUUUUUGCUCUACAACACUUACCUUCGGCAGUCCCAGGCUCUACAAAUCGGCUUUUUAGUGACAUUUUCGCAGGGAAACAGCUUGACACAGACACAGGUUUCAGCACUGAGCUGCGCUUUGAGCCCAUGAAAACAGGAGAGGAGAGAGAACCGAGAGAAGUCAUCAGCUUCACCUGAACAAAGAAGAGGAACCAGCAGGUACACAUGGGGCAGGGAGAGGCUUCAGCACGGGGGACGACCAUGGAGGGGGACUGUCUCAGCUGUAUCAAGUACCUCAUGUUUGUCUUCAAUUUCCUCAUCUUUCUGGGGGGCUCUUUCCUCCUAGGAGUGGGAGUAUGGGUACUGGUGGACCCCACAGGGUUCAGGGAAAUAGUAGCAGCUAACCCCCUGCUAUUCACUGGUGUCUACAUCAUCCUGGGCAUGGGCGGCAUGCUCUUCCUUCUGGGCUUCCUAGGCUGCUGUGGAGCCAUCCGUGAAAACAAGUGUCUGCUUCUCUUUUUUUUCAUGCUCAUCCUCCUCAUCUUCUUAGCAGAGCUGGCUGCUGCCAUCCUGGCCUUCAUUUUCCGGGAGCAUCUGACCAGAGAGUACUUUACCAAGGAGCUGAAGAGACAUUAUCAGGGCUACAACAACACCGACGUCUUCACCUCCACAUGGAAUGCCAUCAUGACUACAUUUGACUGCUGUGGGGUGAACAGCCCAGAAGAUUUUAUGGACAGCUUGUUCAAGAUGCUCAACCCAGAACAUUCUGUCCCACAAGCCUGUUGCCAGCGUGCCAGUCAGACCGGGGAGAUGGCCUAUAUUAACCUGCCCCAGUGUUUAGAUGGCAAAAUGAUGUUCCGCAAUAACAAGGGCUGUUACUCUGCAGUAGUUGACUACUUUGAACUGUACAUCUAUGUGGCCGGAGCGCUGGCCAUUGUGGUGCUGACCAUUGAGCUCUUUGCCAUGGUCUUUGCGAUGUGUCUCUUCAGGGGAAUCCAGUAGAGCUGCUCCGUCUGUGAACUUCUUUUUUUUUUUUUUUUUUUUUUUAAAAAAAAAAGGGAAUUCAGGAGAAAAGAACAAAAAUGGACACUUGUAAAUUUGUUAAUCUCUUUUUCUAUUGGCUAAUUGGUAGAAAAAAACAAACUCUUUAACUCUUGUACUUCACAGCUGGACUUUUGAGGUACUGGGUAGCAAAAAAAACCAACAACAACACAUUCACACACUCAUAAAUGAUAGAGAAAGUGGGCGAUCAGAGACAAAACUGAUGUAAAAAGAUUGUGUGUAAAGUGGAAACAGUAAUUUUUUUUUGGACCAGGUCUAGCAUAGACUGGGUGUUAAGUGGACCAGGCAUGAGGACCAGGUGAAGCCUGAGCAGAAGGCACUGCACUGACUUUUGGAUGAAGAAUAUUUAUAUUAAGUAAAGUUGGCUUAACUGUAAAAAAAAAAUGUGUUUUAUGUACACUUUGGCUGUCACCCUUCUCCUGCUCAUACUGUGUACUGUAACACACUCCUUUCCUCCAUAUGCCUUUUUUACAGCCACUCCUCUUUUAUGCUGUAUUAUAUAAGCUCUGUGUGUCUGUGCGUGGAUGCAUGCGUGUGCUUUUGUAUGAGACUGUGUGUGUGUGUGCGCCCGCGCGUGCAUGUGUGUGCGUGUGUGUGUGUACAUACUGGAUGCUCUUUUUGAAUGUGUAUGAUCUAGUUUGUGAGCAUAUGAGCUCUUCAUGACCUUCUCCCAAGCUUAAAAGCCAACCUCUGAUUCUUUUUCUAUUUGUAUGGUGAUGUUAAUUGCAGUAGUGGUUAUAAUGUGGUUUUAGGUGGUGAAAUGUAUGUGUAUGCAUUUGUAUUAGAUUCUUGAAAAGUCAAUGACAUAAAUGGCAUUCUAAAUGAC